GGCAAGCGAGGCAGACGAGGCAGACGAGGCAGACGAGGCAGGGGUGGGCCUCCACCAUCUGACGACAACAGAGUUGGGACUGCGGCGUUCCCCCCCCCAUUGGUUCAUUCAGCCUCUGAGAGUCAUUCCCCGCAUUAGCUAAACUAAUCACGGUGGAGGCGAGAAGUCGACUCUCCCCGUUCAAGUCCAGCACAAUUCAUAUACUUAUAUAUACCUAAGACCAUGCUUCCACGAAUCAAUACUUUCAUCAAAUCUUCUGCUUUUUUCCAACUCGCUCGACGUCCACUUCAUCCGAUCAGAACAUUGACAUCUACACCGCCCAACAUGGUCAAAGUCAUGGCAGUAUUGUACAAGGGGGGCAAGGCCGCUCAAGAGGAGCCUCGCCUUUUGGGAACUAUUGAGAACAAGCUGGGCAUCUCGGAUUGGCUCAGGGAACAAGGUCAUGAAUUCAUCGUCACUGAAGACAAGGAAGGACCAGACUCUGUCUUUCAGAAGAACCUACCAGACACCGAGAUUCUCAUCACCACACCUUUCCACCCUGGAUACCUAACCGCUGACCUCAUCGAAAAGUCGCCCAAACUUCGACUUUGUGUCACGGCUGGAGUAGGCUCCGAUCAUGUCGACCUCAAUGCCGCAAACAAGCACAAGAUCACGGUGGCAGAGGUCUCGGGCAGUAAUGUGACCAGUGUCGCCGAGCACGUCGUUAUGUCAAUUCUCUUGCUCGUCCGAAACUUCACUACCGGACAUGACCAGGCCAUCAAUGGCAAAUGGGACGUCGCCUCUAUCGCCCGAGACGCCUAUGAUCUAGAAGGCAAAGUGGUCGGUACCGUGGGCUGCGGUCGUAUCGGCUACCGAGUCCUCCAACGGCUCCAAGGAUUCGACUGCAAAGAACUCUUGUGGUUUGACUACAACGACAUCCCUGCAGAUGCCGCCAAAUCCAUCAAUGCUAGACGAGUGAACAGUCUAGAAGAACUUGUCGAGCAAUGUGAUGUGAUCACCAUCAACUGCCCCCUUCAUGAGCAGACACGAGGCCUUUUCAACAAGGAGCUCAUUGGCAAGAUGAAGAAGGGAUCAUGGCUUGUGAACACGGCUCGAGGUGCCAUUGUCGAUGCCGAUGCUGCCGCGGAGGCACUCAAGAGCGGGCAUCUCCGAGGAUACGCGGGAGACGUGUGGAACGUACAGCCUGCUCCGGCUGAUCACCCAUGGCGAUCGAUGACAAACCCUCUGGGUGCUGGGAACGGAAUGGUGCCUCACUACAGUGGCACGACCCUUGACGCUCAGAAGCGAUACGCAGACGGGGCAUUUGAUAUCAUCAAACGAUAUCUCGCAGGCGAACCUCAAAACCCUGCCAAUGUCAUUGUCGAGAACGGUGAUUACGCCACAAAGGCAUACGGAAAGCGUGAUGGAAAGGCCUAAGGCUUGAAGAGAAGACGUGAAUGGACCAGAACUCGUAAAGACAUGUAUGAUAUGUAUGCUUGCGGAAUUGUA